AUGACGAAUACCACUGGCGAUACAAAACGAUAUCCAGAUCUGAACCCAGAAUCGUUGGGUCCGUUUUCCGAGGAAUGUCCGGAAGAGGUGUACAACAAUUUCCUUAUCACUUUUGGAGAUUAUUCGAAUCCUGAGGAAACUCAAGAUGAUAGGAAGUCCGCAGGAAGUAACGAUGAGACAAGUGAGAAGAGCCCAACGUCUUCAGAUUCGGUCUCUGAAUCCAAUAAGGAAAAUGAAGAACCGGAAGAUAAAAAAAAGAAGGAGAUGGAUGAAUUGGAGAUUCGUAAAAAGCGACAAUUUCCAUUGAGAAAGGCAAGAGAUCCAGCAAAUCGGACACCGUUGCAAGAUGCCUCCGAACUAUGCCUCUCUUUUGGUGGAUGUGGAUUUUUGGGAUCCUACCAGUUUGGAGCAGCCAAAAUGAUCUACGAUCAUGGAAAAGAGUUGCUGAAGAGAGUUGAUAGAUAUUCCGGGUGCUCAUCGGGAAGUCUAGUGACCACGAUGCUCAUUUUCAAUCCGGAGAAAAUAUCUGAAGCCGUUGAAGAAAUCUAUAAAAUGGCUGAUGAAGUCAAUGAGACCGCUCUUGGAGCAAUGUCUCCAGGAUUUGUGAUUGGGGAUCGUCUUCGAAAAGUUGUUGAAAGAUUUGUGCCUGAUGAUAUCUCGAAAGCUAAUGAUUUACUUUUUGUCUCGACCUGGAAAAACGAGCUGAUCUCCCACUUUCACUCAAAAUCCGAUUUGAUUGACUGCUUGAUGGCCAGCUGCUACCAUCCGAUGUACUCAUCUGGAUUAUCAGGAAAAGCGCCAAUUUUGAGAGGAGAGCCCUACAUCGACGGUGGCUACUCGAACAUCCUCCCAGAAUUCCUUGACAAACGUACCGUAUCCGUGACGGCUUUCGCUGGAGACGCCGAUAUUUGUCCGACUGAAAAAUCGGCACUUUUCAAUGAUUGGAUGUUUGCAUUCUUCAAUCAGAACAUGAAAGUCACCUUCUCCAACAUGAAGCGCGUCUCGAAUGCGUUGUUCCCUCCGCCACGUGGCAUGCUUCAACAGUACUUUGAUGCCGGUGCCAAGGAUGCGGAGAAGUUGUUGAAGGAGGCUGGAAUGUAUGAAUGA